UAGCCUACUUGCAGACACACACACCGAUUUUGGACGGCUGGUAAAAUAUCGACCGAUUUUUUAUCGGUAGGCUCUGAUUACACACGCGCCGGUUUUUUACCGGUGCAGUGCUAAUUUCCAACACUAUUUUUAAUGAAUCCCCAACGAGUUGUUGUAAUGUGGUUACUGUACCAGCGUAUAAAGCGUCGGAGACUUAAGCGAAAGUUCUGGUCCAUUUCUUUAAAAUCCUCAUUCAGUUCGCAGCAAAGUUGGCUCCAUGCUUCUCUAGUAGCCUUUAAAUAUGACCAAAGUUUUAUCCCAUAAAACUGGUCUUGCUUCCACU